AUGAAUGGCCGAAAGGUGGGUAUACGUGCUGAGAGCAGGAGAAAACGGGGCAGAGAAAUGAAUCUGGAGACGGUCACGAAAGUCCGGAAUAGCCAAGGAGAGGACAGGGAGAAGCAGCGGCCUGGCUGCAGGGAGAACGGCUCCGGCAAAGAGCGGGCGCGAUCGCAGCGUUUGUGCAAGCUGCUGGCUUCUGCGCCCUCGGAGCGCGGGAACCGGGACCGCCCGCUUAGCUUUACCCCAGGCCGCUCACACAGAAUGCUCCACGUUAGACCGGAAGCGAGUAAGGGCUGUGUGCUCUCCCUUGACUUCUUUGGAAAGCAGGCUAAGGGGCAGCCGGUCGCUAUAGUCACUACGGUGAGUCUGGGUCUUUGCAGCCCCGAGGACCGCAGCACGCCAGGCUCCGCUGUCCUGCAGUGUCUCCCAGAGCACGUUCAAAUUCACGUCCAUUGA